ACUAGUUGAACUCUUCUGCAUGGCAGUGGGCUGCAUGCAAGGAUCUUCCCUUGAGUAGGGACGCCACUCAAGAUUACUUCUCAAGGCUGAGAGAUCCCUUAUCCACAACGGAUUCUCAGUGUCUCAGUUGUACAGAUCAGGAGGCGAUGCUGUUGUCAUGUCCCAUCCUGACAUCAUGCAAUAAUGUGUACAUGCCCUUCAGAUAUCACAUAGAAUGAGAUGUCCUCCAGUGAUUAAAAAUUUUCCUACAACAUCUUCCUUGUUCCAUCUUGGCUAUACUUUCUCUAGUGGUAAAUCAGUCUGCAGAAGCUCUGCAAAAGAAAUCCUCUCUACUGCUGGACAUCCUAUGAUAGAAGCUUGUCAAUAAGAGAAUGAAGAUGCACCAAAGUUGAACUCUCCUAAAGAACAAAUUAUGACAUCAACAUCUAAAGGAAUUUUCCGGCCAUUUUUGAUCGUCUUCAUUGUUCUUGGUUGUUUCAUGGCAUUUAUACUAAUUUAUAUUAAACCAACAAGCAGCUGGAUCUCUACUCCUGUGGAAUCAGCCAGCUCAGUUUUGAAAAUGAAGAGCUUCUUUUCUUCCAAAACUGAUAAUUUUAAUGAAACUAUUAUUUUGGUUUGGCUUUGGCCGUUUGGCCAGACAUUCGAUCUAACAUCUUGCCAAAUGAUGUUCAACAUCCACGGGUGCCAUCUGACUAUUGACCGCUCAUUAUAUAACAAGUCCCACGCAGUUCUCAUUCAUCACAGGGACAUUAACUGGGAUCUGACUAAUUUACCUCAGCAAGCCAGGCCACCGUUCCAGAAAUGGAUUUGGAUGAACUUGGAAUCUCCAACUCAUACUCCACAAAAGAGUGGCAUUGAACACCUCUUUAACCUAACCCUGACUUACCGGCGUGAUUCAGAUAUUCAGGUGCCUUAUGGCUCCAUGAUGGUCGGUACAGGCUCCUUUACAUAUGAAGUGCCAAGUAAAGAAAACUUGGUUUGUUGGGUUGUAAGUAAUUGGAACCCUGAGCAUGCUCGAGUCAAGUAUUACAAUGAGCUUAGCAAAUAUAUUGAAAUCCAUACCUACGGCCAAGCCUUUGGAGACUAUGUCAACGAUAAAAACUUAAUUCCAACUAUCUCCAGUUGCAAAUUCUAUCUUUCGUUUGAAAAUUCAAUCCACAAAGAUUACAUUACUGAGAAACUUUACAAUGCUCUUCUGGCUGGAUCAGUGCCAGUCGUACUGGGCCCUUCCAGAGAAAACUACGAGAAUUACAUUCCAGCAGACUCUUUUAUCCAUGUGGAAGAUUUUCUAUCCCCAAGAGAUCUGGCAGAAUAUCUUCUGAUGCUUGACAAAAAUAACAAGAUGUACCUUAGUUACUUCAACUGGAAGAAGGAUUUCUCAGUGCACCUUCCUAAAUUCUGGGAAUCACAUGCAUGUCUUGCUUGUGAUCACGUGAAAAGACACCAGGAAUACAAGUCGAUUGGAAAUUUAGAAAAAUGGUUUUGGAACUAAUUUGUGUGUGUGUGUGUAUGUAUGCACUUUUUUGAAGAAGCUAAUGGAUCUUUAGUCUAAGUGGAGAGUAAAGGAAUAAGGAAAGAAGAAGGAUGAACCUCACAGAACCUUACAUCAAGGUUUAUCAGCCAUCCUCUCUUGGCUAUCCUAUUUAUAUUUUGUAAGAGAUUUUAAGAAUUAUGAGCAGCAGUCAUCAAUACUCAGUUUUAAAUUAUAAUGUUCAUACUAAUCAUGUGCACUGAAGAACAUAUGAUUGUUUACUAUAACUUUUAAGCGAGAUUUUUCACAUUUUCUGUGGAGUAUGUCUCAGUCUUACACAUAAAUUGACAUUUUA